GUCAAAUUUGUGAUGAGCGACAAGACUGGAACGCUGACCCGUAAUGUGAUGAAAUUUAAGCGUGUCUCAGUUUCCGGAAUGAUGUUUGGCGACAACGAAAGGGACGAGUUUGCAGAUGAAGAUCUAGUAAACCGUUAUCGGGAAGAUCCAGCUUCUCCGGAUGGGAUGGCUAUAAGGGAGUUAUUAAUGAUGAUGGCUAUUUGCCAUACGGUAGUUCCUGAAAAGAAAGAUGGAAAGAUCUCCUACCAGUGCUCAUCACCUGACGAGGGUGCACUUGUACGUGGAGCAGCAAAGGUUGGGUUCGAGUUUCACACUCGCCAGCCGAAAAAAGUCACCCUUUCUGUUCUUGGCAAAGAUGAGGUCCUGGACGUGCUGGACGUUAUAGAUUUCACCAGUGAUAGAAAACGAAUGAGUGUAGUGGUGCGCGAUGCUCAGGGAGUCAUCAAACUGUACACUAAAGGAGCAGUGAGUGACGAUAAUCUUCCACAAUUUUUGAAGAAAAUUCUAUUUUGCAUUUUGUUUUGCAAAAUCUCUUUGAUUAUCCGAUUAUUAUAUUUGCAGGAUACCAUGAUUUUUGAGCGAUUGGUGCCUGGCUCAGAGUCUGCUAUAGACGAUACCAUGAUUUUUGAGCGAUUGACACCUGGAUCAGAGUCUGCUAUAGACGUAUGUCAUGAACAUCUUGAAGAUUUUGCCUCUUUCGGUUACCGAACGCUUUGCUUUGCUAUGCGGGUUGUCCCUGAAGAUGAAUAUAACGCUUGGGCUAAAGACUAUCACGCAGCUGGAAUUUUGAUUGAAGGAAGACAAAAGGCGUUGGCUGAAGUUGCAGAACGGAUUGAGAAAAAUAUGGAACUUAUUGGAGCUACUGCUAUUGAAGAUAAGUUGCAAGAGUAUGUUCCUGAAACAGUGCAAGCACUAAUGGCCGCUGACAUGCGAGUAUGGAUGUUGACGGGAGACAAGCGUGAAACUGCUAUCAACAUCGGUAAAUUUUUUUAG